AUGGAGUUGAAUCCCUACAACCCUAUAAACACUUUGGACACUAGCACUUAUGAAUGGAAAUGCUGUGUAAGGGUGCAGUCCUUUUGGAAAGGAAUGAACAGAGAAAGUCAGGAAUUUUGGGGAGUUAAUAUGAUAUUGAUUGACGAUUCGAAUUCAAGGAUACAUGCUUUUGCAAACUCGAAGUAUUGUGAUGACCUACUAAAGGAUAUGAAAGAAGGUCAAAUUUACGAGAUAUGUAACUUUAAAGUAAAGGAUUAUUUGGGUGAUGAGAAAUUUAGGGCUGUGCGAAACAAGAAGCAUUUGUUUUUUACACCUCACACUAAGUUUCAGCAGGCUGAUACUAUUGGACUUAACAUUGAAAAAUAUGCUUUCGACCUUUUUCACUAUGACGAAAUUGAUAAACUGGCAGAUGACAAUCGCUUUCUUAUUGGUAUGCAGUCAAGUGUGCAAGUGACGUUCUUUGAUUACUUUGGUGAGCAAUUGGGAACAGAGUUUGGGAAGUUGGACGGCACAAGUAUUUUUGUGAUAAUUUCAUGGGCAAAAGUUGGUAGAUACGAAGGUGUUGCUCAUUUAUCAAACUAUCCUGCAGCAAGGGAUUUUAUCAACCCAGAACACUAUAGUGUCGAUCGGCUAAAAAAGAGUUUGACAGAAGAAAAAAAAGUUCCAGAUGUGGUGUUCAUGCCAAAUCAACCAAAACCAGCUGAGUUAACUAAGAAACUACUGAAGGUGAAAGAGAUAAAAAAUCUUCCGAAGGAUUUUGAAGAGGGUAUCAUAUAUUGUGAGGUCACAGUGAAGAGAUUCAUGGACAAAUCAAGUUGGUACUUCAGGAAAUGUACAGGUUGUGAUUUAGAGCUAGAAGUUCAAGAUGCAAAAUUCAAAUGCUUACGUGAUGGUGGUUGCGAAAGGAUUUACCCUUAUCCUGAGAAGAGGUUUCAUGACUCAAAUCCACUUGCAAUUAGAUUCCGAGUAGGCACUCUAUGCUCUGAUGAAACUGGAUCAAUUGCUAUUAUCUUCCCAGACAACGAAAUCACGAGAAUGAUUGACAAAACUGUUAUCGACCUGCAUGCUGAAUGUGCUGAUGAAGCGGAGGAGGAGAAAUUUUCAGAAAUACUCAAUUUCCUUCUCAAACAGAAAUAUACCAUAACCAUUGAUCUGAACAAGGAGAAUAUUGAAAAAGGUUGUACGGUAUAUAAUGCCAAACAAAUUGUGGACACGCAUGAAAAAGGUGACAGCUUUGAUCCAAACAAGGCCACAGUUGUUGAUGUGGAAGACGUUUCAAUGCAGAACGUUACUGAAACGGAUGCUACUGAAUCAAACACCGAACACCGGAAAUUCAACCAACAUGAAGUCCAGAGCACGCAAGAUAACUGA